GACACUAGCAAGCCAAGCCGGGAUUCAGAUUCACGUCCAAAACUCCGCCGCGGAGCAGCCGUUUGCAUCCAGAUUUGCUCAUUUCAUCUCUUGUAACCUUCGCAAGGCGGUGAAGAGAAAUGGCGCCGCGCCGUGGCGCCGUCGCUCUGCUAGCCACCAGUGCCUGCACGGCCUUUGUGCUGCACCGCGGCGCGCCGCGCGCACCGGCUUGCAUCCUCAGAGCGGCUGAUGAUGAGGAGUCCAAGCGCAGUAAAGCCAAAAAACUGUGGGAUAAGCUCCGAGGCAAGGACGAGACGGAUCAAAGACCGCCGACGCUCGACGCCGUGCGGAAAUCACAUGUCGGACGCCCCACGCCAUCGACGCGACGUCCGUAACCGCACAGGCUCGACGAGGGCGAGAACAAGGACAUGUACGCCGCGCUCAAGGCGCAGCGCCUGAAGCAGCUCGAGGAGAAAGAUACAACAAUGGCCGACUCCGAGAUCUACGAGACGCUGGCGCGGAAGGGCGAUUUUCCAUUGGUGUCGAAGCAGCUCAACGAGGCGCUGCAGAACCGUUCCAUGGGCACGAACACGUUCUUACCUCCCGUAUUAACGUCGCCGGACUGGAGCGAGUUCGCGCCGUCGUCGGGCCAGACGCCGGGGGAAGUGAUUUCCGGCGUGUUGCGGGCGUUGCGCGAGGGCAAUCGCGUCGCCGAGGUCGAGGAGACGGAGAACACCGGCGUUCCUACAUUACUACGGUUUCUGUCGCCGGCGUCGUCCUUCGGCAGCGAGCCGGUGGACGACGAGGAUUUCAUCGCGUUCGUCAUGGAUUCGGAGUAUGAUAUACUAUUGAGGUGGGAGGACCUCUCGUUCAAGGGCACGAUGAACUUAAAUGUGGACGGCAACCGGGCGUUCCAAACCGUGCAGCUCCAGGACCCUUCAGGUUUAUGGGUGAAGACGAAGUGGGCGCUGAGUCUGCGGGACGCGGCGGACUGCAAGGAGCUCUGCGACACGAGCGACGACGGGUACUGGCUCAUCGACAACGUCAUGGUGUCCGCCCGUUAAUCUAUCUUCUUAGA